AUGGCUGAUAACACCACGAUAACAUUUGUGGUGACACUUGUUGUUGCGUUCGUCUUUCUAAGAUGGUUCGUUAACUCUGAAGAGUCGGAGGUGAUUUCACCUCUUGAUCAGCUUGACGUUGCCUCUGGCGAUACAGAUGCCACUGGAAGAGCCAACCACGAUGCACAUCCGAUACGUCGUGCCGUCACCACUGAUAUGGUUGAGGUGGUACAGAGCAUCGCACCUCAUCUGUCUGUGGAGCAGAUCCAGUAUGACCUGCAACGAACUGGGUCUGUGCAGGAGACCGUGGAGCGUGUGCUGAGUGAGGGAACAUUGCCCUAUCCACCAGGGUAUACACAGCGUUCUGCGUCUAGUGGCGCCACUAGAAACGAUACACACGAGGCAAAUGGUGACAGAAGAAACAAGGUGGACAAUAUCAAGUCAGAAAACUUGUUGAAGAAGUACAAUGUUGACGAGAUGAGCUCUUCUGACUCAAGCAGCGUUGAGAAGAAGACCGUCAAGGCCCAAUGGUCAGACUCACCAGAUGUGAGGGCUAAGACACUACAGGAGAAGAAGGCUGAGAUGAUCUUGAAGGCUAGAAAGCGAUUACAGGCACAGCUGUCCAAUGAACAGGAUUUAAGCGUGUUGACUGAAUGA